AUGAGAAAAUUCUUCAGUCAGAAGUCGAAACAUAAGACUCAUCAACAUCCAAUAUUGCCAGCAACUACAUCAACAUUGACAGGAUCAUCUUCUCUUGUUGUAUCACCAUUAACAUCUAAUAAAGAUGAUGAAACACAAAUAACAACAAAGAAACAGAACAAAACUCAAACAACUUCUAGUCAUUCGCAACAUAAUACAACAAUUCAACUUGAAACAAAUCCAUCGGAUUCAGUAGUGAAUUCAACAUCAAGCGAAUCAAUAUCAUCAGAAAUAACCAACAGCAGUGUUCUAAAGCAAGAUGAAGUGGAAGAAAAAUCAAAGAAAUUAUUUGUUGUUGUUUCAGACGCAGAUUCAACUUGUAAUUCAUCAUUGUUACCAGCAGUAUCAAAUGAAAAUAUCGAUUCUCAUUUGUUAAAUGUUGAUGAAUGCGAAACUAGUGAACCGGUGCCAACACUUCAACAGGCACAACAUCAACAGCAUCAUGCAUUGUCACGUAAACGUUCAUCGACUGGCUCUGGUCAACACAUAGUCCGUUAUCGUGAACAAAAUUCAAAAAAAUUCGUUGAAGAACGUCUCCGUCGUCGUAGUUGGAUGGUCUCACAAGGUCAACUAUUAUCAACGUCAACAAAUUGUCCGAAUAAUAUGUCAACAUCAAUAAAUAAUUCUCAAACAUCGGAGAUUUAUUCGCAUAAUCAACAAAAUCAACAUUUAUUACGUUUACGUCGUCUUCGUUUAGGACAAUCAGAACCAAAUUUAAGUUCACUACAAAUGAAUUCUUUCUAUCAAGCAUCACCGUCCCUAAAAUUGUCUCCUCGAAUAUCAUCAGCAACAAACAAUGAUAAUUCGAAUUCGAAUUCAACAAAUCUUCAAUUAGCACCCUCACAACAACAACAACAACAACAACAACAUUAUUAUCCAUUUCCAUUACGUCGACCAAGUUCACGUCGUUCGAAUCUAUCCGGUUUAAAUCUAAUCAAUUUAAAAUAUGCUUUACGAAAACAAUUAUCACCACAACAGCAAACACUGUGCUCAACAUCAUUGGAAUCACAAGAUUCAAAUAAAAUUCCAAAUUCAUUUAAUCCAUCAUCAACAAGUGCUUUUAAACCGAUAAUAGCUAGUCUCGAUGACAAUUCUAAUCGUCGAUGGUCAUUAACAUCAGCUCCGUCAUCAAGUGGUUAUGGUACAACAACACCUAUUACUUGCCAUUCUCAUGAAAGUUCUCAGUAUUCAUCAUUCGAACGUCUUCAACAUCAUCAUCAUCAGCAGCAGCAACAACAACAACAACAACAGCAGCAGCAACAGCAACAUUCCCAACAACAUUUAUGCACAUGUAAACAACAAACAAAUCUACCGAAUUCAAAUGAAGGAAGUUUAUCGAAUAUUAGUCCGCAUGAAGAUUUUUUAUAUGGAAGUUUACAACGUUUAGAAUCACGUUCAAUAUCAAUGUCAAUGCUUGAUGCGAAUAUAUCAUCGUCGCCCUGUAAAAUGUUGAAUAUGUCCGAUCAAGAAAUGGAUCCGAUGGCAUAUGUUUAUAAAGAACGUUAUCCGAAAGCGAAAGUACAAAUGGAAGAACGCUUACAAAAUUUCGUUGACACAUAUAAAGCAGUGGAUAAAUAUGAUUAUUGUUCGGAUGGUUCAGCUAGAUUUAUACAUAAUCAAAUUGUUGAAUUAGCAAGAAAUUGUGUAGAAAAAUCUCAUGAAAGUUUAGUCACAACAUCAUAUUUUAAUGAAAUGACAAAUAGUCUUGAAAGAUUAUUAUUAGAUGCAAAAGAUAAAUGCCCACAAGCUAUUGAAAAUUUACAAACAGUUGUAAGAAAAUUAUUAUUGACAAUAGCAAGAUCAGCACGUUUACUUGAAUGUUUGGAAUUCGAUCCGGAAGAUUUUCUACGUACAUUAGAUGAAGUCGAAUGUCAAGCAAAAAUCAACGGAAAUAUUAAACAAGAUAUUCCGAAAUAUAUCUGUUCGAAACUUAAUCUUGAAAGAAAUCCACUGGAUGUUAUCGAUGCAUUACAGGUCAAUGAAUCGAAUGAUAUUGAACAUCCAGAUACAAUCGAACAUAAAUCGAGUGUAUCGGAAAGUGAAAAUGAAUCGCUAACCGAUUCAAAUUACUUAACAAUAACACCUAACACAACAUUUCCGCCGAUCGAAGAAACUCUAUCAACAAAAACACCAUGUGAAGAUGAUUUUGAAAUUAUAAAAUUAAUUUCAAAUGGUGCCUAUGGUGUUGUUCAUUUAGUAAAACAUCGUCAAAGUCAAGAACGAUAUGCUAUGAAAAAAAUCUCUAAAACUCAUCUCAUUCUACGUAACCAAGUUGAACAAGCGUUUGUCGAACGUGAUAUAAUGACAUUUACGGAUAAUCCAUUUGUUGUUGCACUUAUAUGUACAUUUGAAACAAAAAGACAUUUAUGUCUUGUUAUGGAAUAUGUUGAAGGUGGUGAUGUUGCAACACUAUUAAAAAAUAUCGGUGGACCAUUAAAUAUUGACAUUGCUCGAAUGUAUUUCGCGGAAACAACCUUAGCUGUUGAAUAUCUUCAUUCAUAUGGUAUUAUACAUCGUGAUCUUAAGCCCGAUAAUCUUCUAAUAACAGCUGUUGGCCAUAUAAAAUUAACUGAUUUUGGUCUAUCGAAAAUUGGUUUAAUGUCUUUAACGACAAAUUUCUAUGAAAAACAUAUUGAUAAAGAAACAAAAGCAUUUAAUGAUAAACAAAUAUGUGGUACACCCUCUUAUAUAGCACCGGAAGUUAUUCUAAGACAAGGUUAUGGCAAACCGGUCGAUUGGUGGAGUAUGGGAAUUAUAUUGUACGAAUUUUUAGUUGGUAUACCACCAUUUACGGGUAAUACACCUGACGAAUUAUUUGUCAAUGUUAUCAAUGGACAAAUCGAUUGGCCUGAUAUGCUCGAUGAAUCAACAAUUGAUUUAUCAUCAUCAUCAUCAUCAUCAACAUAUGAUUUGUCGGAGCAAUUCUUUUGUCCGGAUGCGAAAAGUUUAAUUGAACAAUUACUUGAACAUGAUCCAUCGAAACGUUUAGGUACAUUAGGUGGAGCCUAUGAAAUUCGUUCGCAUCCAUUUUGUGCUUGUAUCAAUUGGAAUACAUUAUUACGUGAAAAGGCAGAUUUUGUACCAGUAUUAGAAUCGCCGGAUGAUACAUCUUAUUUCGAUACAAGACAAGAUCGUUAUCAACAUUCGGACGACGAUAUUUUAUCGUCAACAACAAAUAAACAAACGCAAAUAACAGGACCGGAUAAUGAUUCGGACGUAUUAUUUGCGUCGUUUUCAUCCGUAUCAUUGAAAUAUGUUUCAGAAUUAUCUGGAAAUCAUAAACAACGUCAUUCAAUUAAAACUCAACAACAAGAUUCAACAACAACAAAUACAACAACAUCAGAAAUGUCAUCAACAGAUGUAUCAAGAGCGAAUUCUUGUUCAGAAGGUUUUCAUCCAGACAAUGUUAUAAGAAUUAAUUCGCCAAGUGGUUUUCAGCCACUUAUCAUGACUCAAUCAAUGCCUGUUGAGACAAGUCAGAAAGUUCAACCCUCCUGUAUUCCAUCAAAUUUUGGUUCGGAUACAUUUGAACCAUUACUUGUCUCAUCAGAUGAUAAUUCUUCAGAAUCUUCCUCGAUUAAAAAGAAUUCCAGUACACAUACAUCAUCCGAUAAACUUCUACUAUCGAAUCCAUGUUUAUCAAGAAAAAAUUCAUCAUCAUCAUCUUCCGUAUCAUCAUCUUUACAAAUUCCAACAGUGACAACGAUGAGUGUAGAUGAGAAGAAAACAGUUCCAAUGGCUACAAGUACUCCUUCAACAACAACAAAACACAAACAAAGAAAAACGUCUCUUCGAUUGCUCGAACAACAAAAUGCCAAUGAUAGUGGUGAUGAUAAUCAACAACAACAAAAAAGUAAAACUCGUCAUCAUCACCAUCAGCAUCAUCAUCAUAAGAAAAUCCGAAAUCCUCGUACACUAUCUCCUCUUGAACCCAAACAAUCAUUUACAUUUCCCAUACAAGCCACAGCUAUGAAUAUAUCAUCGAAUUCAAAAUCGCAAGAUCUUAUUCAAUCGAUUAAAUUAAAUACUUCGUUAACAUCCUCUCAAAUAACUCCCACAGCUUCGAUAUCAACCGAAAGUGAAUUUAAAAAAUCGGCUUCAUCCAAUUCACUCAUACCAUCAUUAACAACAAAAACAAAUUUAACAACAAUAUCAAAUAAACCGGUGAAAUUUAACAAUCAACAACUGCUGCUCCAGCAGCAGAUCAAUUUUCCUCGAUCACUUUCAAAAUCAUUUUCAUCUUCAUCAUCCUCAUCAUCUCCACCACCGAUUUGGUUCAACCAUCCUGAUGAUCGUUCAUAUCGUCAUACUCAACGUCAUAAUAUGGCUGUGUCACCACUUGAACGUGAUACAACUCUUAAGGCUCAGCAACAGAAUUUAUUUUCGUCAUCAACUAUAUCACCUAUUCAUUCAAUAACAAAUAAUCUUCGACCACCAAUUAUUAUUCGUCGUGGUCCACGUAGUUUUGGUUUUACAUUACGUGCUGUUAAAGUCUUUCAUGGAAAUACAGAUUACUAUACAACACAACACGUUGUUGUUGCUGUUGAAGGUCCAGCUGCAGAAGCUGGCUUAAGAGUUAACGAUGUCAUAACGCAUGUUAAUGAACGUCCUGUUGCUGGUCUUUUACAUCCUGAAGUUGUUAAAUUAAUAUUAAGUGGCUCACCGAAAUUAUCAAUACGCGCUAUACCACGAUCAGAAACGCAAAUACGCACAGGUGGACGACGUCGUUCGCCAUCGAAACAAAAAAUUCGUUAUCAACAACAAUAUGAUAAUAAAAAGAUUCCAACAAGUACUUCGUAUCAUCAAUCCUAUUGUCAAAAACAUCGAAUGAAUGCUACAAGUAUUUCAACAAAUCUGACUGCAACAAACAGUAAUGGAAAUAAUCUAAAUAAAAAGCAUCCACAAAAUAAUUCACUAUUUCGACGUUUAAGUGAACGAAAAGUAGCUCGUGAUAUGGAAGCAGCUGCUGCUGCUGCUGCUGGAGUGCCAUUAAUCAUUCCAACUACAUUAACUACUAAUAUGAAUAAUAAUAAUACAUUAACAACGACAAAUACAUCUAUACUAUCAUCGUCUUUACCAUUACUUUCAUUUAAUCAAUUAAGCCAUGAUCAUAAUAAUGAUAGACCAUUAGCAAAAAUCUAUCAUCAAACUCGUCCAAAUAUUCUUGAUUCAUCCGAAUGGCCACCACUUCAAGCACCACUUAAACCGCCAACACCGACUUCAAAUGAACCAGAUUCUCCGCAACCCACACUACUACCGUCUAUAAUUAAACAAAAAUCUCAAAUUUCAGUUUCACCCUUAGCUAGAUGUCCGCCACCCUCCAACAACGCGGCGUCAACAGCAUCGAAUCAACCUGCUCAUCAUUCUCUUUGUAAAACAUUAUCCGAACCACCAAUACUUCCUCGCCAUACAAACCAUGUACAAUAUCCGUCACGAUUGAUUCAUAAUGAGCAUAAUCAAAUGCAAAAUUAUUUCUAUGCACCAGUAAUAUCAACGCAUAAGAAAAAAGUUUUUCACAAAAUACCAGUUAUGAUUUCUUCUCCGCCGGAUUCAUCGUUUGUAUUGGGAAAUAAUCAUAAUCGAAAUAUACGUUAUGUUGAUACUGUCUAUUAUGAUCAAACAAAUCGUUCAUCAUCAACGGAAUCUUCAACGAGUUCAACAUCGACUCUUCGACAUGUCGAUAGUUAUUCUUCUGCCCCGGUCGUUGCUCCUACGAAGUUUUUCUAUCGACGUAGAUAG